AUGUUUGAGAGUCACGGUUUUGGGACGACGAAGCAAAUGAUCAAUUUCGUGAUCUAUGGGAGCAUUUUUUGGAUCAUGACAAUGGUUCUAGCGAAUUUCGUGAAUUACGAAAGGACGAAAUUUCGCCCUGGAGUCGGCUCUUACUGCAUCAGAGAGUUCAAAACAUGCAUUCAAAACUUCGAAUACAAUUCAUGCUUAAAUCCACUUUAUAACUGCGCCAGUCUUUCGCACGACGAUUACGGUAGUUUUCAUUUUCCGGAGAAAAUGGCCGAACUCAACUUCCCAGCGUCGGAUGAAAAAGAAAUUUUUACAGAUGAAGAAAACGAGCUCAAUCGAAAUCUUUGCUUCCAAACAGCUGGUUUAUCCAGAAAUCUUUGCGAAAAUCUUUGCUUUGAGUCGCAGUUUAGUUUUAUCGAGGACGAAAAAUUUAUUGAAGCGAUGAACAAGCCACCUGAAGAGUAUCAUUGGCAAGUUGACGAAAAAUCUGCUACUUAUAAUCAUUCAAAAAACUUCGAGUGCAUGGAAAUUUGCAAGUAUGCUGCUGGAAUUCAAGAGAGAGAUGAUUGCCCACAGGAAAAAAGGUGCCCAAACGGCUGUCCUUGCAAAGGCUACAAAUGUACCAAAAAUCACCCGAGAGACGACAUUGUCUACAUCGAAAAAUAUCACAAGGGCAAUCGAAUUGAUUUCCCCGCUGACAAAGGGUUUUACAAAAUGAUGCCAUCAAAUAUUCGAUUUGAGAAAAUUGAAAGUCCAGCUUUUAUCUUAGGGUUGGAAAAAUGCUCAAAGCGUGAACAGACUAAAGUUUAA